CUUCACAGAGCUUAAAUACAAGCGACUCCGCCACUCUCUCCCACAACUGCUUUCCUCUGAGAAAAAAUUUAUACCUUCAGCUCAGUCAUGUUUAAAUCUGCAGGAAACUUUUAGCAGAAAAAUAUGGGAGGUGGUGGCCGGAUGUCUGCCGCCUCUGACACCAGUAACAACACCAGCGAAAGGCGGCCGGAGAGCAUCAAGCGAGUCCCCGCAACGAAACCUCCAUUCACCCUUGCCCAACUCAAGAAGGCAAUCCCUCCCCAUUGCUUUCAACGUUCGCUUCUUCGCUCUUUUUCCUAUCUUCUCUAUGACCUCUCUUUAAGUAUUCUCUUAUUCUCCAUUGCCAACUUCUUCAUCCAUCUCCUCCCUUCUCCUCUCGCCUACCUCGCAUGGCCCCUUUACUGGGCUUGCCAGGGCUGUAUUCUCACUGGCGUUUGGGUCAUCGCCCAUGAAUGUGGCCACCAUGCUUUUAGCGACUAUCAAUGGGUGGAUGACACCGUUGGCCUCAUUCUCCACUCUACACUUCUAGUUCCAUAUUUUUCCUGGAAAAUCAGCCAUCGCCGCCAUCACUCUAACACAGGGUCACUUGAACGUGAUGAGGUGUUUGUUCCUAAACCUCUGUCCAAAAUCCCAUGGUAUUCCAAGUAUCUCAACAAUCCUCCGGGCCGAUGCUUAACACUUGCAGCCACGCUUCUCAUUGGGUGGCCUUUAUAUUUAGCAUUCAAUGUCUCAGGAAGACAAUAUGAUCGCUUUGCUUGUCACUAUGAUCCUUAUGGUCCCAUAUAUUCCGACAGGGAAAGGCUUCAGAUCUUUAUUGCCGAUACUGGGAUUUUCGCUACGACUUUUGUUCUUUAUCAAAUUGUCAUGGCGAAAGGACUUGUUUGGCUGAUAUGCAUCUACGGGGUGCCAUUGCUUAUUGUUAAUGCUUUCCUUGUAAUGAUCACAUAUUUGCAGCACACUCACCCUGCACUGCCACACUAUGACUCGUCGGAAUGGGACUGGAUGAAGGGGGCAUUGUCGACGGUGGAUCGAGACUACGGGGUAUUGAAUAAGGUCUUCCAUAACAUUACAGACACUCAUGUAGUUCACCAUCUGUUCUCUACAAUGCCUCAUUAUAAUGCAAUGGAAGCUACUAAAGCAAUCAAGCAUAUAUUGGGUGAGUAUUACCAGUUCGAUGCUACUCCAAUUUACAGAGCACUGUGGAGGGAGGCAAAAGAGUGUCUUUAUGUUGGGCCAGACGACGAAGCUCCCAACCAAGGUGUUUUCUGGUACCGGAACAAGUUCUGAUGAUGGAAAGAAGAAGAAGAAGAAGGGGAUAAUUAAGUAGCCUUCUUUAUUAAGAGGGACAAGUGGUGUUUUAGCUAAGCUUGUUUGUUAAUGAAAUUUACUACUCUUUUAAGUA